GCAGCCACCUUUUUUAUUUUUGGAUGCGGUGCCUUUAAAUAAAAGCAAGGGAGGGGGAAGCUGAGAGCAGAGCCUCAAUCAAAGGAAGGAAGGAAGGGAAGGAGGGAAGGAGAGAAGGAGCCAGGUUUGCAGGAGGAAGGAAGGAAAGAAAGAAGGAAGGAAGGAUGUCUAGUGACGACACACCAAGAAGGAGGAGAGCCCCCUGCCCAGGAUCGGGGCUUUCCCCAUGUGGUGCCCCCCACUGGCGCCCCAGUGACUCAAUGGAGAUGAGCUCCGAGGGUGAGGAGGAGGAAGAGGAAGAGUUCUUUGACGCCCGAGAGGAAAUGGCGGAGGGGAAGAAUGCGGCCGCCAUCUUGCUGGGGAUGAGUCAGUGGAACUCCAACGACCUGGUGGAGCAGAUUGAAACCAUUGAGAAGCAGAUGGAGCACAGUCCAGCUGGAGAAGAGGCCCCGUUUUGCUCCUCGGUCGUCCUGCAGGAGAAGCAACGGGAAUUGUACCGGGCCUCUCUACGGAAGCACCGCUAUCCCGCUCAGGGCAGCAUCGAGAUCCAUGAAGACAAUGAGGAAGGGUCUGCACACCCGAGCUGCACAACGCAGGUCCUGAUCCUGGUCCUGCAUGGAGGCAACCUGCUGGAAUCGGGAUCCGGGGAGGAGACAGCGAGCAGCAAGGAGUCUGAUCUCAGCACAUUUGCAGCUGCUUUCGAGGAGGUCGCCCGCGCCCACUUCCCCUCUGCCACCUCCGGACGUAUCCGGCUCCGCUUGGUGCCUUGUCCGGCCGUCUGCGCCGAGGCCUUCUCCCUCAUUGCUCACCUGAUGCCCUUCAGCGAGGAGGAGGGCACACUGGGGGUCAGUGAGGACCACCUCCCACUGGCUGCCCUCCCGCUGCUGGCCAUCUCCUCCCCGGAGUACCAGGGCGCAGUUGCCACUGUCAUCAGCCGCGCCAACCAGGUCUAUGCCCAGUUCCUUCGCUCCCCCGAGGGACUUGGAUUCAGCGGCCAGGUCUGCCUGAUUGGGGACUGUGUGGGGGGCAUCCUGGCCUUCGACGCCAUCUGCUUCAGCGCAGGGCUGGCUGACGAGAGCCAGGCCAGCAGCCGCCGGGGCAGCGCCAGCAGUGCGCAGGACAACUCGCUCUCGGCCGAAGACUCGAACCUGGGGGAGGUCCAGCGACUUAGCAAGAGCAACAACGACAUCUCAGAGAAGAUGGAUGAGGGGGAGGAUGACCAGCCGCCCAGGCAACCAUUGCAGCGGAAACAGAGUGGAGGGUCCACCUACGAGUGCGAUGCAAUUGCCCAGCACCAUGCCUUCCUCUCCAGCAUCCACUCUACCAUGUUGGAUGAGGACUUCCCUGCUGAAGAGGCGCCCAAUGCGGCGGACCUGAGCCUGGGCCGCUUUGAUUUUGAGGUGUCGGACUUCUUCCUCUUCGGCUCACCGCUCGGCCUGGUGCUGGCCAUGCGGAGGACAGUGCUGCCCUGCCUGGAAGACUCCCAAGUGCAGCCAGCUUGUAACCAGGUGUUCAGCCUCUUCCACUCUGCCGACCCCUCGGCCUCCCGGUUGGAGCCCCUCCUAGAGAACAAGUUCCACCGCCUGCCCCCGUUUGCAGUGCCCAGGUACCAGAGGCACCCCAGAGGAGACGGGCGCUCACUCCUCCUAGUGGACGCUCUCCAGGCCCAUAAGGACAUCUUUGUGGAGGAAGAGGAAGAGGAGGAGGAGGAGGAUGUCAAUGGGAACGUCCGGCGCAGGGGCAGCAAUGGCAGCACCAACAGCGUGAGCUCAGGCUCCACGGAGAGCCUGCUGCCCAGCAACGUCACCAACAUCGCCUCCAAGUGGUGGGGCUCCAAGCGGAUUGACUACGCGCUGUACUGCCCGGGGGCGCUGACGGCCUUCCCCACAGUGGCACUGCCGCACCUCUUCCACGCCAGCUACUGGGAGUCCAAGGACGUGGUGGCUUUCAUCCUCCGACAACUGAUGCGGUUUGAAGAAGCGGUCAGCGACGAGAGCCACAGCACGGACCCCGGGGCCCCGAUCCCCUCCAACCCAAGGGAGAAGUGGCUGCGCCGGAGGACCCAAGUCAAGCUCCGGAACGUCACCGCCAACCACCGCUCCAACGACGUCAUUGCGGCCGAAGGGGGCCCCCAGGUGCUGGUGGGGCGCUUCAUGUAUGGACCCCUGGACAUGGUGGCCCUGACUGGGGAGAAGGUGGACAUCCUGGUGAUGACGGAGCCCUCCUCCGGACGCUGGGUCCCCUUCGACACAGAGAUCACCAACAGCAGUGGGAGGGUCUCCUACGCUAUCCCCAAGGAGAAGCGCCUCCCAGUAGGGGUCUUCCCCAUCAAAAUGGUGGUCAGGGGCGACCAGAGCAGCGCCCUGAGCUUCUUGACGGUCCUCCCGCGCGGCAUGGAGUGUGUGGUCUUCAGCAUUGACGGCUCCUUUGCCGCCAGCGUCUCCAUCAUGGGCAGCGACCCCAAGGUCCGGGCUGGAGCCGUCGACGUGGUCAGGCACUGGCAGGACUUGGGCUUCCUGAUCCUGUACAUCACGGGGCGUCCCGACAUGCAGAAGCAGCGCGUGGUCUCCUGGCUUUCUCAGCACAACUUCCCGCAAGGCAUGAUCUUCUUCUCGGACGGCCUCGUCCACGACCCCCUCCGCCAGAAGGCCAUCUUCCUCCGCAACCUGGUCCAGGAAUGCCACAUCAAGAUCUGCGCGGCCUACGGCUCCAUGAAGGACAUCUCCGUCUACAGCGCCCUGGGCCUCACCCCAUCGCAGAUCUACAUCGUGGGCCGGCCGGCCAAGAAGUACCAAGCCCAGUGCCAGUUCCUGAGCGAGGGCUAUGCCUCGCACUUGUCCUGCCUGGAGGGGUCCCUGCCUGCGCGUCCCAAGAAGCCCCCCUGCCCUUCCUCUUCCUCCUCCUCUUCCUCCUCCUGCUCCUCACGGCUGAUCCUGCGCAAGGGCAGCUUUGGCCUCCCCUCGCAGCCCGACUUCCUCCGCAAGCGCAGCCACCUCCGCCGCACCCUCUCCGUCCAGCAGCCCGAGCCCCCCUCCCCUGCCCCCAAGCCCGAGCGCGCACAGAGCCAGCCCGAGCCCCACAAGGAGCACGAGCGGGGGGGCGGCCCUCUGGCCUGGGGUCGUGCCCCCGCAGGGGUCAAGUUUGAGCCCGCCCCAUAGGCUCCAUUCGUCCAUCCGUCCGUCUGUCGGCAGUGUGUGUUUCAGGGGGAGCUCAAAGUCAAAGGUCAAAAGGCCACCGCUCGUCCCUCCUGGGUCGCCGCUUAUGAAGCAACCGUGUCUGUGCAACAAUCCUGCAGUGGGGUCAAGGCGAUAAAUAAAUACCCCUCGGUCGGCCGGCUCAAGCAAGGUCAUGGGGGUGGUCAAGUGAUGUCAUGACCCUUGGAGGGGUUAUGCGCUUCUCCAAGGUCAAAAGAGACCCCCUCCCUUGGGGAAAUUGCAACCCCACACUUGAGGUCAUGAUGCGACUGGGGGUCCUUGUGGCAAAGUCAGUGGUGCCGGAGAGCCUCCCCCACUUGUCCGAAUCUGCGUGUGUGUCGUGUUGUGAAACGUGGCAGAGCGUGUCCCCAAAGGCCUCCCUUAUCCAACGUGGGACUCGAGGACAUGAGGCACACCUGUGGGAGCAUGGAUGUGUAUGGAUUAUUAUUGGGUAUAAGAAUUCCCCCAUCUUUGUCGCCAUUGGGAUAUGGGAUGGCGGGCACUUGGACUUGACCAAAGACUCCCUUUGGAUUGGGGGAGGAAUAAUCAAGCAAGCA